CGGAGAGAGCCGGGGAGGAACCCCCCACUACUGUGUCAACCAGUCUGUAGCCGACUCCCAUUCAGGACUGCUGGAUCUCUCUAGCAAAUGAGUUAUUCACCUGUCGGCUUCACUUUUUCCAGACCGAGAGAAGAAUUUUGCUUCGAAAUCACAGACUCCACCCCUGCUUCAAAGAGAUCACCCCCGAUUCCAUCCCUGUGCCAUGCAGCUCGGAUCCAAAGCACAGCCAUCGCUCAACUGUAAACGGGCGAACACUGACCCCGGGAAACCUGUGGGCCUCCUAGCUGUGGAAGAGCAGGGCCGUCUGCGCGGCUCCAUGAACCAACGUCACCGCAUGGCCAGCAGUUACGACGAGAGUUGUGGCGGGCAGGAUGGGGCAGAACUGGAACCCGAGUUAGGGCUGACCUCUGAAGGGAGUGACAGUAGCCACGAGCACCCUCCCUCACUGGGCCACGAUGACAGGAAGCGCCAGCGGAAACCUUUACAUGAGGAUGUAGAGAUGGGUGGCAGCGGCUCAAGUGGGAGUGGGACAGAGUCCCAUGGCAACGAGUCACAUGGCAAUGAGUCCCACGGCAAUGAGUCGGUCGGCAGCUCAAACGGCAAUGGCAAGGAUUCCGCUCUUAUGGAGUCCUCAGGAAGCAAUAAGAGCUCCAACUCCCACAGCCCCUCUCCACCGAGCAGCUCCAAUGCCUUCAGUCUGGUCAGCUCCGAGCAGGACAACCCUUCAACCAGCGGCUGCAGCAGCGAGCAGUCAGCCAAAGCUAAGACACAGAAGGAGCUCUUCAAGACUCUCAAAGAGCUAAAGAUGCAUUUGCCCUCUGAAAAAAGGAGCAAAGGCAAGUCCAGCACGGUCAACACGCUCAAAUAUGCGCUGAGGUGCAUCAAGCAGGUGAAAGCAAAUGAAGAAUACUACCAGAUGCUGAUGAUAAAUGACAGUCAACCUCCUGGGUUCGAUGUAUCAUCUUACACCAUUGAGGAAAUAAACACCAUCACUUCUGAAUACACCGUAAAAAACACUGACAUAUUUGCUGUAGCCGUGUCCCUCAUCACGGGGAAGAUCGUUUACAUCUCGGACCAGGCGGCUACCAUACUGAACUGCAAGCACGAAGUCUUCAAAAAUGCGAAGUUUGUGGAGUUCCUGACACCCCAGGACGUCAGUGUGUUUUACAGCUUCACCACACCCUACCGCCUGCCGUCAUGGAGCAUGUGCACUGGAGCAGAGUCGUCUCCCACGGAGUGCAUGCAGGAGAAAUCCUUCUUUUGCCGCAUCAGUGGCGGAAAGGAACGCGAGGGGGAUCUCCAGUACUAUCCUUUCCGGAUGACUCCAUAUCUGAUGAAAGUGCAGGAUGCUGAGCUGGCAGAGGAGCAGUUCUGCUGCCUUUUGCUGGCCGAGCGGGUACACUCUGGAUAUGAAGCCCCCAGAAUCCCCCCAGACAAGCGAAUCUUCACAACCACACACACACCAAACUGUGUUUUCCAGGAUGUCGAUGAGAGGGCCGUGCCGCUUUUGGGUUACCUCCCUCAGGAUCUUAUCGGGACUCCUGUACUUCUCAAUCUUCACCCAAGUGAUAGACCUUUAAUGCUGGCCAUACAUCGAAAAAUUUUGCAGUAUGCCGGUCAGCCAUUUGACCACUCCUCGGUCCGUUUUUGUGCAAGAAAUGGCGAGUACAUCACUAUCGACACCAGCUGGUCAAGCUUUGUCAAUCCCUGGAGCCGCAAGGUCUCCUUUGUGAUUGGCAGACACAAAGUCCGCAUGGGUCCUGUCAACGAAGAUGUCUUCGCGGCACCGGAUUUCCAUGGAGGGAAGAUGAUGGAUUCUGACAUCCAGGAAAUAAGCGAGCAGAUCCACAGACUGCUACUCCAACCUGUCCACAAUAUGGGGUCAAGUGGUUACGGCAGCCACGGCAGCAACGGUUCUCACGAGCAACAGGUGAGCAUCAGCUCAUCCAGCGAAAGCAACGGGAACGUAGCAACUGAAACCGCAACAGAAGAGACGGGCACAACCAAGCCCUCCAGGACCUUUCAGGAAAUUUGCAAGGGAGUCCAUAUGCAGAAGAAUCAGGACUCUCAGGUCGGCCUGCGCUCCCCACCUUCCCCAUGGGCCUCCAAACAUGAGCAGAGGAAGAGUGCCGACAUGUCAGCAGCAACUCAGAGGAGUUCUGGGGUGCGUGUCAAGGACUCACCGACCACUCAGCAGUUCAGAGAGAGCACCGCAGGCAGCAUGGAGGACUUCAUCUGCAAAGACCAGACCGUGUGCUCCUACCAGCAAAUCAGCUGUCUCGACAGUGUGAUAAGGUAUCUGGAGAGUUGUAAUAUCCCCAUCACAGUCAAAAGAAAGUACCAGUUCUCAUCAAACACAACCUCAUCAAACUCAGAUGAUGACAAGAGGGGCUCAGAUGAUGGUGUCCAAGUGCCUCAGGAUAGCCACACAGUUCCUUUGAUGCUAGACUCCCAGCCAGGCCUGUCCAACAUGAAAGCACUCAAGAAGCCUCCAUCUGGGGCAGCUGCCGUUGUGGGGGGCACCCUUGCACCCCUCACUUUGCACAGUAAGGCAGAGAGCGUGGUGUCAAUCACCUCUCAGUGCAGCUACAGCAGCACCAUUGUCCAUGUUGGAGACAAAAAGCCUCAGCCAGAAUCUGAGAUCAUCGAGGAUGUGGCAGAGAGCCCGGCCCCUCCUGCUCCGCCAGUGAGCGUGGUGUCUCCACCCAGCCAAGAAAAAGAGGCCUACAAGAGGCUGGGACUUACGAAGCAGGUGCUUGCAGCGCACACACAAAAAGAAGAGCAGGCCUUUCUGAACCGCUGCCGAGAGCUGCGCAACGCCAGGAGUUUUCAGAAAGAAUGUUCCUCGUAUCCUCACAAACAGAGAGGACCAGCCAACGCUGAAGAAACGGCAGGACCACGAGGUACUGCCAAACAAGGCACCACAAGACCAGAGACGACUGCUAAAAAGGGCAGCCGUAACAGGAAGUCCAAGAAGCCAAGGAUCAAGCAUCCAGAUUCAUCAGACAGCACUGUGUCCAACCGCAAACCCCGCCCUCCCCUCCAGGGCCUCAACCAGACCUCCUGGUCCCCAUCAGAAGCAUCCCUAUCAGCUUUUAAUGUCUCCUACCCCGCCAUGGUUCCUGCAUACCCUCUCUUCCCGCCAACGCCGGCUGCUUCAGCUCAGGCCCCUCGACCCGACCCUUCCCUCCCCACUGGCUUUGGAGAAGGACAGAGCACCGGAGCUCCACCUACCACCACACCAUUUACUGCUCCCAUUGUUACACCUGUUGUCGCUCUGGUGUUACCCAAUUACAUCUUUCCUCAAAUAGGACCGAUGGGUCAGAUGACUCAGGUUGGCGCGGCGCCAAGACCAACAUUUUUCCCCGAGCAGACCCAGACGCAACCCGGGUACGCUGCCCAGAGGCCAUUUCAAGCACCCCAGCCUACUUUCGCCAUGCAAACACAGCCCUCCUUCACCAGCGCACAACCUUUCCCUGUACAGACUGCCUUCUCUCCCCCGCAGCCGUUCCAAGCCGUUCAGACCCCAUACUCCACUCAGCAGCAUUUCCAGGCCCCUCAGACUGCCUACACUACCCAGCAACCCUUUGCUGCCCAGACCUCAUUCCCGGUGCAAACUCAGUUUGUUGCCCCGACCUCUUUUCAGCCUCAGCCCUUCCCUUACACCAUAGCCACUGAGCUCCCCAAAGUGCCUACGGUUGAGCCCAGAGAGGGCGCAGCCUCGCGAUCCUCCACCCCUGCCUCUGGAGUGCGAGAACCCACCACGUCACCCCCACUGUUUGAGUCACGAUGCAGCUCGCCCCUGCAGCUCAAUCUGUUGAGCAUGGAGGAAGGUCAGAGAUCAGUGGAGCGCCAGGACAGUUCACUGACCCCUGCCGGAGGACAAGGCAGCAGCGCAGCGGUGUCUGCGGGAGUGGGGGCAGCAGGGGAAAAGAUGAGCAGUACAGCUAAAGCCGAUAACCAUCAACAGGUGGAAUCUCCUGGCGAUGGUCAAAGCGACGGUAACUCCUCAUCCUGCGACCUACUGGACAUUCUGUUGCAGGAGCAGGAAGACUCUCACUCGGGCACUGGGUCAGCCACCUCUGGCUCGAUGGGCUCAGGAUCAGGGUCAGGAUCCGGCUCGAUGGGCUCAGGAUCAGGGUCAGGAUCCGGCUCGGGUUCAGGUUCCGGCUGCAAUGGCUGUCGAACGUCAGCGAGCAGAACAGGAAGCAGCAACACCAGCAAAUACUUCGGCAGCGUUGAUUCCCUCGAACACGAUCCUAAGGAGAAGCCAAAAAUGAGAUGCAAAGGAGCCUCUGAGAGUAGCAAGUCACAAGCAAAAGCCUCAAGUCAAGGGGAAGGGGAUCACUUCAUCAAAUAUGUUCUACAGGAGCCACUUUGGCUGCUGAUGGCCAAUGCUGAUGACAAAGUCAUGAUGACCUAUCAAAUGCCAUCCAGGGAUAUUCAGAGGGUUCUUCGAGAAGACAAGGAGCGACUCAGGCAAAUGCAGAAGGGCCAACCUCAUUUUACCUCUGAUCAGCGACGAGAGCUUGUUGAGGAACAUCCUUGGAUGAGGAGGGGGGGUCUCCCGGCAGCUAUCAAUGUGAAGGACUGUGUGUACUGCGAGGAUGCAGCGGCUGCACCCAUCGAAGAAAACCUGCCGGAUAUCGACAUGGGCGAGCUGAGCGAGGAGCUGGGCAGAGAGGGCCAAAGUGCCCAGAACCAAUCAGAAGAACCCCAGUCGCAACCAGACUCAGUCUCGUGAGCACGAACACGACGUGGGGACACACCCAUCUAGAUGUGAACAUUCAAAGCACCGUACACACAAAUUGUGGAUGUGUGCCUGACCAUCUUGACAAACACACAAGGACUAUGCAGCCAGUGUGGUUGCUAUAAGGAUGCGUUAAAGUGUGUGUUUAUGGUGGUUGCUGAAAUGUCACUGAUGACAGUUCUCAGUGCACUCUUACAUAGGGACAGCAAGAACGAAAGAUCCAAAUGUAGUGUUUUGCCAUAUUACACACACGCGCAGUCUCUGAAACUACCUGGUCUUUAGUAGGGUCAUUUCCAAUCUCUGGAUCAGACGCAAAGUUUUUUAUUUUUGUAUACCAACCAAAGUGCGAAUCGCAGUCCUCUAAACAGCUCAUCGUUUCGCUUUAAUGCUUUAGGAAAUUCAUUUUUACAAAACUGUUGUCAAAAAACUGUCUUUAAAAAGAGAAAAAGUCCCAUUAAGUAGCCCAGCACUGCUGUUACAAAACUGAGCUACCCCUCCUAAUGUUUGUGCUUUCUCCAAGGUCCAGUUGAUAAUCUUUCAAUUCCGGUGUGCUUGUGGUUUUCUCAUCAAUAUUUGUGUAGAAUACUUGCGCUGUUCAUUGGAUGGAGUAGGCCAGGUCAAAUAAGAGGGCACCCCGCACUUUUGUGUCAUGUUUGAAUAGAAGCAGUGGAAGCACUUGACUCUGCUGGGCAGGGAUUGGCGCGUAUGCAGAGAAUUACUUUCCUCAAUGUUGACAAUCUGAUAAAGAGAUCUAUUCUUACAUUUAUUAUUUAUUUUGGAGUUAGAUAAGUUGGUAGAAUAGGUUUUUAAGUUGAAGCUCUACAAGUCCAACUAUAGUAUAAUAUAUUAACACUUACAUUCUCUAACAGUAAAUGCUACAAGUCACUUUUGCUCACUUCGCAGGACAACUAACAGGCGUGGCUGGACUAUCCUUAAAACAGCCUAGGUGCUACGAAGAUAUUGGCAGUUAUUAUGUUUUAAGAAGCUGCAAAAUAAAAAAUUAUGUUAAACAUGUUAGAAUGGGGAGUUUUUAUUUUUUAAACAAAGUACGGAUAUAUUUUGAAUUUUUAAAAUCCAUCAGAUUUGAUUCCUUUUCCCCUAUAAUUAGCAUCUGAAAAUCUUUUUUUUAAGAGAAAGUUGUUUCCAUGCAUAUUCUAGAAUACUGAAAAAGAAUGUUUUCACAAAACAUGUAGCAAGCACUACCACCUAACACGGCUUCUGGAACAAAUCUGUCAGAAAUCCUACAUUAUGCAAAAACUACAGUGUCUCCACUUGAACACUUUUUCAUGUACUUUUUUUUUUCUUGUGUCCCUUUUAAAAUUACUCUGCAAGUUUUUUUUAAAGAACAUGGGGAGUGUCAAAAAAUUUUGGCGCUAAGUUUUAAUAUUGACAGGUUUGGUUCUUUGAGUACAGUGACCACUGUCAUUAAGUGUGUGGUGCGACUCUCGAGGCCAACAUCCGAAUCAAAAAUUGUUGUCGGCAGUAUGGUGGGAAAACAGCAUUACAACUGUAGCAAAUACGGGGAUUGUGUUUCCUCAGUAAGCCUUUCAUGAACACCGAGAUGCGAACCAUGCAAGCCCCUCGUCAUUAAACAUGAAGUAUUAAGAAAACUGUGACAUGCACCUGCCCCUGACAGCAUAGGAACUGGGAACAACUGUGGUGCUAACACAGAGAAACAGGGGUUGUGAAUGUAACAGAGACUGGACCAACAGCAUCUCAUAGACCAUUGACUCAGUUCAUUUUGAUGUAUUGUUGUGUUGUUGCUUUUUUAAUGUAAUCUUGUAACUUUUUUAUUCUAUUUUUCUAUUUUUCUCGUGUUACUAUGUGUAAUUAUAUUUGUACAAUGAUGGUGAGAGCUUUUGAGUGUCAUUGGGGAUGAACCCUACCACUGAUAAAUCCCAGGUCAGGUUAUUCUAGGCACAACAUAGAAUGCCUGAUAUAUGCAUGUGGACAAAGCGCAAUGGAUGGAGUGGUCAGACACUCGAGUGAUAACUGUGAGCGAUUGACUUGUACAGAGUGUCUACCUCAAACAUUGUGUGUUUGUGUGCGUGUCUCUCCUCCUUCUGUUAGCUUUUCGCUUCUGUGACUGAGUGAAUGAAUGUGCAGAAAGUCGAGAAACCCGCUGCCUCAUUUAGCAACUGCAGUCUGUCUCUGUCUUUUAUCCGAUUUUGGGCAAGAUGUUUUCAAUACAUCUCCGACCCUUACCUGCGUGGAAUCCCUGAAGAAUGUCAUGCAUUCGUUUGAAAAUGUAAAAAGGGGCUAAUCAGUAUGCUGAGUUUGUCUCAUCUUUCAAGGCUGUGCAAAUAGGAAAAAAUGAUUUUUUUUUUACAGAAUGGCUGGCUCUUAGAGGCACCAGUCUGUAAUUGUAUACACAAGGUACAUGGUGGCACAUGGUGUUAUGUAUGGUCAUGUAAUUUUUUCCCUUGUUGCCACUGUAUGCGUCUGCAGUAUAUUAAACUAGCACAAUUUUGUGCAAUUUCGUAGAUGAGAACAUGUGUUGUUUAAAACUUGGAAAAAUGUUGUAAUUAAAAUGAAAUGAAAAACUA